GUUGGGCCGCUCGCAGAGCAGGCGUGCGAGAUGUGUUGCUGUGCGCUGACUUUGUUCUUAUUCGAAUGAUUGUAUAUACAAAUGUAUCAAAAUCCAUAAAAACAAAGGCAAAGAGCAUGUUUUCGGUGGAGAGUGAGAGACUUGUUGAAUUUUGAAUUUUUAGCAGUUUUGAGCAGACUUUCCUCCACGACCAUUGCCACUUCGGCAACUUCUUUAGAAUUACACUCAACUCAUUCACAUUUGUGAUGUGCCAAAAGGGAGCAUGCGAUGGUCGUGCUGGCGCUCAACACUCAGUUGCGGUGUGCACGCAAACAAAGAAACAAAGAAAAGAAGCAACAGCUAAACAAUGCCGCGACGCCACAGCGUAGCACAACACAGAAAUAUAAUGAAGAAUGAUUACUUGUCGCCUACUCAGAUCAGCUCGCAGCCAGGCAGCCAGUUUACACACACAUACGCACACAUCAACUUAGUGGCAAGUGAGCUGCUAACAACAGCAAGCAAGUAGGCGAAAAAGGCAGCCAGGCAACCAGGCAGCUUAUGAGCACUCGCCAGUCACCAGGAAAACGGUCGCAUCAGUGUGCGAAUGACUGAUUGACCGAUCGGACGAACUCUUGUUGUCGUCGUCGUUGUUAGAAGCGAGCGGGUUGCCCCCCCCAAUACCCGGAAAGUGCGGUCCCCCCAAAUAACUAUCAAGCCAAUUGAAGUGCUAGUAAUGUAAACAGUGAAGCGAAAAUUUUGAUGAAUUAGUGAUUUCAACGUGUGAAAGUGCAUAAUAAGUAUACAUCAAGAAAAAUUUUAUUUAACGAAAUAUACAUAUAUACAAGUGUGUUUGGAAAGAUAUUUGUUAGAAAGGGCUCGAGUUUGAAAAUAAAUACGUAAAAAAAUGUGAGACCCAUAAAUAAAAAUUAUAAAUAAAUUUAACUUCUAUUACAACAAAAGCGCUUUGCAGAGUAAAAAAAAAAAAAACAAAAAAUAAAAAAAAUAUUUAUUAUAAUUUUGAAAUAAAUUCACACUCGUGCAAGAUUUGUGUGUGUUUUUUGGCUAAAUUGUACGUCGCAUUUUAUGUGCAACACCGCAGUAAUCAAAGCUGGCGCCUACACAGUGCUCGAACGAAACGACAGCAGGGGCACGAAGUUGCUUAUACGCCCCGUGAGAUAGAACCUAAAUCAGGAAUAUUAGCAAUCAAGCAGAUAAAGACAUAAAAUUUAUUCGAAGCGCUAUUUGAUAUAACGGUAUCACAGUAGUGCACAACAGAACAUCAGCAAAAUGAUACGCGAUGUCUCUAGCUCAACACUCGGACGCGAGGAGGAACGCAAGCCACUUAUGGCGGCGUAUAUGUUCCAGCGUCGCGUGCUAUUCGGUUGCAGCGUGCUGAUGGCGGUCUCGCUCAUCAUGUGGAUUGUGGCCAUUUCGACGGAUCAUUGGGUUAUUAUAACGGGCGGAAAAGGCAUAUUCAUACCGGAGACACGCCGUUUUUUUAUGGAUUCACACUCUGGUUUGUGGGUGCAUUGUCGGCAUACGAAAACACCUAACGCCCUGCCCACCGCCAAUGUGGUGCGCAAUUUUACCUCGAUUGCUUAUGUGAACCCGAUGACGCUCUUGGAUGCCAAAUUGAAUGCAUCGUCGCUGGAUUUUGUGCGUGAAUUUAGUGAGGAAAUUGUGGAGAUACCAAUGAAAAAUUUCACAGAGUCCGCACGACGACGCAUGUUUGCGCAUUGGGUGCGCAAUGACGAGGAGGAAUUUAAGGCAUUCAAAAAAAUCUUUGAAGAUCUGAUAUUGAAUACAACGGCCACGCAAGCGGAAACAAUACCCGUACAUGCUAAACCGAUCGCAAUCGAUCCACUAAAUGUACGCGAAAUAGAGUCACGAAGAACAUUCGGUUCGGCGCUACAAAAAGUUAUGGUCAAUUCGACAUCGUAUUAUUUUGUUAUACCCGAAGUGGCGCAAUUGGCAAUAUUUGCCGGUUGGAAUGAGAAGCAAUAUGUGCCGAAGCUGUUCUGGCCUUAUGUACGUGAUUUAGGCGUACCGGCAUUUGUGCUGAAUGAUCAUCAGGUGAUAUUGCAACUGGUGCCACCGCAGCCACCAAGUAGUGGCCGCGAAGCGAACGGUUAUGUUUAUCAACCGAAUGUUCGCUGCAAGUACAUUGACAUGUUCAGUAACACCAAAACGUUGAGCAAAGACCCCGGCAUCGAUAUGCAGCUGAUGGAUUAUAUACGUACGCAGGCGUCGUUUGCCUGCAUCACUGUUUUCGUUAUGAGUCUGGGUUCGGUGUUCUCAUUUUACACUUUCAAGAAUCCGCGUUACAUGUUUAAACGUUUAGCCGGUGGCAUACACUUGGUUUCCGCCUCCACUGCCGUGGUCGUUUUACAGGUGCUCUUUUCAUCGGUCGAUUACACAAAGAAGCACUUAUUCUACUCUUAUCCCGAGGGUGCUGAACUUACAUACGGCUAUGGCGUCUAUUUAGCGUGGUUCACUUUCAUAGUGAAUCUAGUUUGCGGUCUGUUAUUUAUGUGGUAUUCGGGCAAGAAGAAGGGUUCGAAAGCGCCAAACGAUGAAGUAGCCAUGGCAGAUGAGCCCACAAUAAUGGGCAGAUAAUAACUUUCACUAACUAAUUUUGUGCAAUAUAUAUGUAUUUGUUUAUACAUAUAUCAAAAUAGUGCCCACCGAUCAUCAGUGUACCUUAAGAUACUCACUAAUGUGCUCCAUGGUUAAACAUUUUCCUUUGAAAGCCAUUACCAAACACCAAAAUUACCAAAUAACAAAUAAUACAAAAAUAAAUUAUUAUAUUACUUGCUACAUAAAGCUGUCAAAACCAAAACGAGACAGUUUAUGUAGCACUUUAAUUGAAUCUUGACAUUCUAACAAACAUUUGUAUGUGAAAAUAACUGGUCAUCGUUGUUUAGAAAUCUUAAUUAGUCAGAACUAUAUGAGCGUAAUAAGUUUUUUACUAAAAGAAAUUACAGUUCCUAAAUGACUAAUUUUUAAAGAUUAUAAUAACUGAAUUAAAGAAUUAAAAGCAAUUUUUACUUGAAAAUGAUCAUAAAAUAAUAUGUAAACACACACUUACAUAUUGAAAUGAGCAAUCAAAACCAAAAAAAAAGUCACUAUUGUUUAAAUAUUUAUUAAUUGUAUGUACAAUUUCAUUGUAAGCUAUAUUUGUAUAUAUGCAUGUUCACAAACUUCGGACGCGUUCACUGUUGAAUUACUUUUUAAAGAAAAAUACCAAUGUAAUACCACGAAUAAACAAGCAAUUUAUUGACAUAAAAGUUAAUUUCUCGAGAAGAAGUAAAUUUUCUUAAACCAAUUACUUAAGGCUUAAAAUAUUUUGCUAAGUUUAUCAGCUGUAUACAUAAAUAUAAGUCUCUCUUUCUCUCUUUAUAAUAAAACAUAUGUUCGAAAUAAACAA